AAAAAUCUAUUUUUUUUCCCCGAAAAAAUACGAAAAAAUAUUGCCCAAAAUGCAUUUCCAUAAGGGCUCCUCGCUCAUUUUCACAAUCUGAAUAAAUGGCCACUUCUUUCUUACACUCGCCGGCGCGCUUGAUCAUCCUCCAUGGAAGCUCCCAUCAAUCCAAAUUACCAUCUUCCAAAACGAGCUUUUAUUUGGUCAACAAAGGACACUUACAACUGAAAUCCAAAUGUUUCACUAAACUUCUGGAAUCUGCUUAUCUAGUUCAUUCCAAGAACUCAGAGUUCCCAAGAUUUUCGAUUCCGAGAACCUCUACGGACGAUGUUCUUCAAACAAUUGAAAACGAGGGGUUCUCAGUGAAUGUGGAGAAUCCGGCGAAGUUCCUAUUCUGGGUGCUGUUCUGGGCUUCUGUCUCUGUUGCGCUCUUUGCGGUUUCUAAGGAUGCUGAGGCGGCGGCAGCGGCGGCGGAUUCUAUCAGAACGUCGGGCAUUGGCUUGAAGGUGGCUACUGCUUUGAGACGUCUGGGCUGGGCGGACGAGGCUGUGGUGUUUGCCUUGGCUACGUUGCCUGUCCUUGAGCUUCGUGGGGCUAUUCCUGUGGGUUACUGGUUGCAGUUGAAGCCCUUUUCCCUUACUGUGUUGUCUGUUUUAGGGAACAUGGUUCCAGUGCCCUUCAUUGUGCUUUACUUGAAGAGGUUGGCAACCUUCCUGGCAGGGAAGAAUGAGUCAGCAACCCAGUUUCUGGAGGUGUUCUUUGAUUGGGCGAAGAAGAAGGCUGGUCCCGUAGUGGAAUUUCAAUGGCUCGGGUUAAUGCUCUUUGUGGCUGUACCAUUCCCAGGAACUGGAGCUUGGACCGGAGCGAUUAUUGCAUCAGUCCUGGAAAUGCCAUUCUGGUCUGCUGUUUCAGCAAACUUUGUUGGUGUAGUGCUGGCUGGCCUCUUGGUAAACUUGCUGGUGAACGUCGGGCUCAAGUAUGCCAUUGUGACUGGAGUAAUUCUAUUCAUCAUUUCAACUUCCAUGUGGGGUGUCCUUCGCAGUAUAAAAAGAUCUCUUAACUCAUCAACAUGAAGUUCUACAUCAACAACAUCCCAGCCUUGAUCCCAAAAGAUUUUGGGGUUGGCGUCAACAUGAAGUCCUAUUAUGUAAAAAAUGUGGACUGUAACUUUUCAUUACAUUUCAGGCAGCUUCAGGACAUUAAAUUCAUUUGUUGUUGUGACCAGGGUGCGCCCUAAAUAUUGCAUGUAUCUGAUGGGUUGACUCAAUUAGUUCCAAGUCACUUGAGUGGUAUCUUAACUGGGUAUAACAUUCUGG